AUGUGGGACCUUCCUCGUCCGAGUCCCCCGAUCGCCUCGACCCGUUCCCUCGGCCCUUCCUCCCUUGCCCCUCGUCCCAUUCCCCCUCUCGUUCCUUCUUCCAUUGCGCAUUGUGCCAUUCCUCCUCUGUCCCUUCUCCUAUGCACCUCAUCCCAUUCCCGCUCACGUCCCUUCCUCCCUUGUGCGCCGUGCCAUUCCCCCUCUUGUCCCUUCUCCCGUGUGCCUCUUCUCAUUCCCCCUCUCGUCCCUUCCUCCCGUGCACCUCGUCACAUUCCUCCUCAUGCCCCUUUCUCCAUUGCGUGCGUGUCAUUCCUCCUCUUAUCCCUUCUUCCGUGCACCUCGUCCCAUUCCCCCUCACGUCCCUUCCUCCCUUGCGCGUCGUGCCAUUCCCCCUCUGGUCCCGUCUCACGUGCGUCUCUUCCCAUUCCCCCUCUCGUCCCUUCCUCCCUUGUGCCUCAUCCCAUUCCCCCUCUGUCCCUUCCUCCCAACCGCCUCUCCAAUUCCCCCCCUUGCACGUCGUGCCAUCCCCCCUCUGAUCCCUUCUCCCAUGUGCCUCUUCCCUUUCCCCCUCUCGUCCAUUCCUCCCUUGCGCCUUGUCCAUUCCCACCUUGCGUCUCAUCCAAUACUGUCCAUGUUGGUGAUAUGUCGUCGCGCCUCCCCUUCCUUGUCGCGCCUCCUCUCCCUUGUCGCGCCUCCCAUUGUUGCACACUCCUCUCCCCUCGUGCGUGCAGUUUGCUUUACGACGUGUGA